AUGAUCUUCGUGGUGACCUUUGUCGUCUUCCCGGGCGUGGCGGCCUCCUGGGCGCCGCAGCUGGAGUUCUUUACCAGCAAAGGUCGUUUGGGCCAGGACUGGUACACCACGUUGGUGGUGGGCAUUUUUCAAAUCUUCGACGUCGUGGGGCGAUCGACUCCCAAGGCCCUUGAAAAGAUCGGGAUCUCGGCUUCGCGACUCUUCAUUCCCGUGUGGCUGCGCUGUCUCUUCAUCCCUGCGUUCAUGCUGCUGCAGAGGUACCCAGGCUCUCUGCCAGCCCCCUGGCAGGACUACCUCGCUUUCGCCACGAUGGCACUCUUUGCUGCCUCCAAUGGCUGGUGCAGCACACUGUCAAUGAUCUACGGGCCUCAGCAGGUGCAGCAUCCGGAUGAGCAGCAUCGGGCAGGAGUGAUCAUGGAGCUGGGCCUUAUUCUUGGCAUUUUUGCAGGCUCGGUUCUGGCGCUGUUGACGCAACUGGGCAAGUUUGGAGCAUGGCUGUUGAAGCGCCUGGCGCCACGACCGGUCUAUUUCCUCUUGCCGGGAGCUGUGGCCAAGGGCCCGCCCACGGCGCUGAACGCGGCGACGUGUGCCUGGCCUCUCUACAUCGAACUGUGCAGCGAUGUGGUCCUCUUGGACUCGGAGCGAUGGCAGAAGUCCCCCUGGACCCGGAUGGAUGCUCUCUUGGCUGUGUGGGCAAAGACUCCCAUCUAUGUGCUACCCGAGAAGUACUCGCCUGCAGUGGCUCUCCCAGACGCCUCCGCAGCGCCACCGGCGGAGGACGAUGACGCCAAGGCCAGCGCUGUGAGCGAACCCUUGAGCUUCGCCAAUGAGGAGCCUUUGACCAUCAGCCGACCGGCGGAGGGCUUGUCAACGCCAUCGCCUUUGCUGCUGGGUCUUUGCGAUCGAGCAGCCGAGGGUGUCGAGGUUCAAGGCGCUGUGAAGGUGCAAAAGCCAACGCUGGCCGUGAAACGUCUGGUCUAG